AUGCAAUCGGAGUUUAGACUCGUGCAAGACAGCGCUACCCUGCCUGACGAUCCGCGUGAGUUGGGCGACUACUUUUGGAAAUGCUACGAGGCAUCCGGGGAUGCAGGCUACCUUAACCGCGCCAUCCAAGCGACGCAGGAUGCAGUCAUCCGUGACAACUCUCAAGAACCUUCAUUAAUGCUUCAGCUCGGCCAUCGUCUGCGUGCGCGCUAUAGACUCCAAAAGGACGCGCAGGAUCUUGACAGAGCGAUCUCGAUGUUACAGUCUGCAGUUACACUGACAUCUGACGAUAGUCCGGAUCUGCCAACACGCUCCGAUACUCUGGGUGCCGCCCUACUCGAGCGUUAUGGACUCGAAAGCGCGCUGGGCGACGUGGACGACGCUGUUGUCGCCUGUGGGCGUGCAGUGGAACUUUGUCCUGAGGACGACCCAAAUGAAGCAAGUUAUCUUGGGAACUACGGAUAUGCCCUCGAGAAGCGCUUCGGAUGGACAAACGAGUUGGAAGACAUUGAAGUUUGCAUCUCCGCGUAUGCCCGUGCAGUGGAUCUCACGCCUCACGACCACCCGGACCUCUUACCACGACUGUCCGACCUUGGCAAUGCGACACUCACCCGCUUCGAGCGCCUUGGGGACAUUGAAGAUGUCGAGGCUGCCAUAUCUGCUCACGGACGCGUAGUCGGGAUGACAAGUGACGAUCAGCCAAUCAAGCCCGCGCGACUAAACAACCUUGGGACCUCGCUACUCGCUCGGUUUCGGACGACAUCAGAAACAAAGGACAUCGAUGAGGCCAUCUCGGCACACCGUCACGCAGUAGACCUCACGCCAGAUACUAAUCCGAGCAAACACCUCCGAUUGGUCAAUCUUGGGAACGCGAUGCUCGUUCGCUUCAUGUCCUUCGGCAACCUUGAGGACAUCCGGACGGCCAUGACGGUUCAAAGGCAAGCACUUGAUCUUGCGCCGAACGACCGCAUAAGGAAGCCCUUCCUCAUGGAUAGCCUUGCGAGUUCUCUGUCGCUUCAUUUCGAGCACACAGGCGAUCUUACCAGUCUUGAAUCAUCCAUCGCUACCCAUCGUAGCGCGAUUGAGCUCGCACCCGACGGCCAUCCUCAGAAGGCGACGUGGUUUGGAAAUCUGGGGAACUCGCUCCUCCUUAGUUUCGAGCAAACGGAGAAGCUCACCGAGCUAGAGGCGGCCAUCUCAGCCCAUCGCCGCGCACUCGGCCUCACGCCCGACGACCAUCCUAAGAAGGCGCACUGGUCCGGGAACCUGGCAAACUCGCUGAAGGUCCGCUUCGAGCACCAAGGCGACGUCGCGGACAUCAACGAAGCCAUCUCGAUUCUUCGCGCUGCCCUUGAGCUUUCAUCCGACAAUCACGUGGCGAACAGGACACGCUUACUCCUGAACUUGGGGAACGCUUUGCUCGCGCGAUCUGAGCGUAGCGGAGAUAUCGAAGACGUUGAGGAUGCGUUGUCCGCGCUUCGCCGUGCGCUUGAGCAAGCACCGGAGAGCUAUGCUGAUCGAUCGUUGUUGCUUCGGAGUCUUGGAAACGCCUUGCAGGCUCGUUUUGAACGAGUCCGAGAGCUCGAGGACAUCGAUGCAGCUGUAGAAGCGCACGCCGAAGCCGUCACACUCACAUCCGACGGCCACUAUAGUAAAGCGUAUCAACUCAACAACCUCGGCAACUCUUUGCUUUCUCGCCAUCGUCAGUCAGGGCAAUCGAAGGAUGUAGAGGAUGCUAUCUCAGCACAUCGUCGCGCCGUAGAGCUCACGCGUGAGGGUCACAAUAGCAAACCUGCGCUACUGAGGGCUCUCGGCGGUUCAUUGGUAGCGCGUUUCGAGCGCAGCGGUAAACUGGAAGACAUCGAGGCGGCCAUCAUCGCGCUCCGUCAUGCUGUCGAGAUCACCUCUGAUGAUCACCCCGACAAGCGCCUUCAACUCAACGACUACGGUAGUGCUCUAUUCUACCGAGCGGAACACUUCCAUGAGCUCGAAGACAUUGAAACUGCAGCAUCCGCGCUUCGUCAAGCCAUCGGGCUGACGCCCGAUCAUCAUCCCUUGAAACCAAGCCAAUACGGCAACCUUGGUGCACUGUUGCACAGCCGAUACAAACAGGUUGGCGAUCUCGCAGACUUGGACGCUUCCAUAUUAGCACACCGCCGUGCAGUAGAACUUGUGCCCAGAGAUGAUCCUAACCUUGCCUCGUGUUUGAGCGGUCUUGGUCAAGCGCUACUUGAGCGUUUCGAGUCGGCAAAGGAUGACGUUGAUCUCGAGGACGCCAUUGCGGCACAUCGACAGGCGGUCGAUCUUACCCCCGAAGGCCACCCAUGGAAGCCAGCGCGGCUCAAUAACUUGGGCGCAUCCUUGCAUGUCCGCUACGCUGCCUUUGGGAAGCUAGAAGACCUCGAGGAUGCCGUCGACACACAGCGGCGUGCGAUACAGCUCUCAUCCGACGUCGAUCCGAGCAAGCCGGGGCACUAUGCAAACCUCGGCGAGAUGCAAUAUAAGCUGUUCUUGCAUAGGCAGACACAGGCGGACUUUGAUGCCACCGUCUGUUCCUUCUCAUCGGCCGUGGCCCAGGUUCUUGGCCCUCCAUCCGUCCGACUGUACUGCGCCGCAAAGAGCAUCACGUUGCUUUCCGAAACACCAGAGUUCAGCUCGACACAUGACAUAUUGGCGGCACAUUCGCGCCUUAUCAACAUCAUACCCGAGGUUGUUUGGCUUGGCGAUGGUUUAGACCGACGUCUAGAGACGACUGCUUUGCUGGGAGACUCAGUGAGCGAUUCCGUGAGCGUUGCCAUUGCUUCGCAGAAGCUGGAGCAAGCUGUGGAGUGGCUGGAGACAGGCAGGGCGUUGAUCUGGGCUCAGAUAUUGUCCCUUCGCACUCCCCUUGACGAGCUCGAAGAAACCCGUCCUGGGCUCGCUCAAUCGUUGCGCAUCGCCCAGAAGCAGCUGUUAGAUCCAGAUCACGCAUCUUUUGCCCCCGACAAAGGGGUUUCCGCGGGUGCACUCGCAGAGCAUCGUCGCCGUCUACUUAUUGAAUACGAAAAUAUGCUUUCCGAAGUUCGGCACUGUGUAGGAUUCGAGAACUUCUUACGUCCAAGGACUCAGAAUCCGGUAUCUUCCUUACCACAGUCCUUCGACGGGAGGGUCGUAUUCAUCAACGUGGAUGACAGCCGCUGCGAUGCCCUAGUGCUUGGCCGAGCAGAAGCUAUCAAAACCAUCGCCCUUCCUAACCUUUCCAAGGAGCGCGCAAGAAAGCUGCGUUCCUGGUGGAUCGAGGCAUUGCGCGAGAACAACGCGCAUGUACGCGCCAUCGGACAAAAGUCACAUGGCCGCGACAAGUCUACGCACCUUGCCCGCAUCCUCGGGUUUUUGUGGGAAUGGAUCGUGCAUCCUGUCUUGCAGAGUAUCGGACUCACUCAAGGACCAAUCGGAGCGCCCUUGCCGCGGAUCACUUGGUGCCCGACGGGGCCCCUCACGCAGCUUCCUCUCCAUGCCGCCGGUGACUAUAAUGAAUCGGACGGUCCUCGCGUCUUCGAUUAUGUCGUAUCGUCAUAUACAUCCUCUCUCGGCGCACUCUUGCGCUGCAGUGAAGGCCUUGCGAUGCAACAGACCGAUCCCACUGUGCUCAUCGUAACGCAGCCGGCGACACCGGGACAGUCUCCUCUGCCGGGAACUGUAGAGGAGGGAAGACACCUUCUACGGCUUCUGAACGAGUCUCAUCUCGAUGGGAAGGCUUUGCAAGAUACAGAAGCCACCAUGAGUGCCGUCAGUGAAGUCAUAUCCCGUUACACAUGGGUACAUCUCGCGUGCCACGGCUCGCAGCACCCAAGCAAUGCGACGCAAAGCUCCUUCCACCUCUACGAUGGACCACUUUCGCUGUCGGAUCUCAUACGGGUGACGGCGGACAAAGCCGAGUUAGCUUUCCUAUCGGCAUGCCAGACCGCUACAGGGGACGAAAACAACCCAGAGGAGUCCGUUCAUCUUGCGGCGGGCAUGAUCGCAGCGGGCUUCAAGGGCGUCGUUGCGACGAUGUGGUCCAUCGGUGACGCAGAGGCGCCCGUGGUAGUGGAGGCAUACUAUAAGAAGCUUCUCGAUUUGCGGGGUACAGGGACACUUGGGCGGGCUCAGACGGGCGCGGCGUAUGCGCUUCACGAGGCGAUGAGGGUCUUGAGAGAGGAAGUUGGGGAGAAUAAUUUCAUAAAAUGGGCGCCAUUCGUGCAUUUUGGGGUAUGA